AUGGCGAAGCAAACCCUGAGAUAUGCCAUGGUCGGUGGUGGCCAGGGUUCAUGGAUCGGUGAGGCACACCGAAAGGCUCUGGCUUUGGACAACACUGCCAGGCUCGUCGCCGGCUGCUUCUCUUCCAGCCGAGAGCGGUCGCAGGCAUUUGGCGACGCUUUGGCUUUGCCAGACUUGCGCGUUUACGGCUCGCCCGCGGAGCUCGCGGAGAAAGAGGCGGCUCUUCCAGCAGACGAGAGGCCGCACUUCGUCGUCAUCUGUACACCCAACCGGCAUCACUUAGAGCAGAUUGAACUGCUGGCUGCCAAGGGUUUCCCGAUUGUCUGUGACAAGCCGCUCUGUGAGACUCUGGCCGAAGGAAAGCAGGCCCUGGCAGCCCUGGGCGGCGGCCUCUUGGCCCUGACUCACUGCUACGCAGGAUACCCCAUGAUCAAAGAGGCUCGGUCUCUGGUCAAGAAAGGUCGCUUGGGCACGCUUCGCAAGGUGGUUGUAGAGUAUCCACAAGGCUGGCUUGUGCCAGAAGAGGCUAAGGAUGGCAAGCCGGCGAUGAGUGCCUCCACCGGUGUCUCUAGCAUGGUCGACGUGGGCACACAUGCGGAGCAUUUGGCUCGAUAUGUCACUGGCCUCGAGACCAAGGAGGUCUUUGCAGACGUAUCUAGUUUUGUCACUGGCGGCCCCCGUGCGCCAGACGACUUCAAUGUGCUGAUCCGCUAUGAGGGAGGUCAGCGGGGAGUGCUGAUUGCGUCGCAGUCGUCAUCGGGGGAGCAGAACUGCUUGCGCCUGAGGGUGUAUGGCUCGGAGGGAUCUCUCGACUGGAUGCAGGAGGAUCCGAACAUCCUUACGAUGCGCCUGCGUGACCAGCCGGUGCAGACGCUCCACCGUGGACAACCCUACCUCAGCCCCGAGGCACGUUCCUGUUCCCGCCUUCCACCGGGCCACCCGGAGGGUUAUUUGGAAGCCUUUGCCAACAUCUACCGCAGCUUCGCUGCUGCAGUGCAGGCACGGGACACUGGCGCGGAGGUUCCAGAAGUCGACUUCCCCACGGCAGCAGAUGGCAUUGCCAGUUUGGCCUUUGUAGAGGCAGUUUCCAAGCACGACCCGUUCACCAACGCUGGUAUUUGCAUCGAGGCUGACGUGUCUUAUCAGGUGGACAUGCAGGCUGAAGGAAAGGAGGAUUACGCCGUGAGCAUCACUUGCACCCGGCAUGCGGUAUCAAUAAUAUCUUGCGGGGCGACACGCAGAGAGCGACACCCCAACUCGUCCACCAUCGUGAUGGAGCCUGUGGGUGGUUUGUACCGAAAGGUAGUCAUCGGCAAGGAGCAGAGCCACCGGACCAGCUUCAUGACCGGGCACUUGCUGUGGCAGGAUCGAUUGCGCGUUGAGCAGCAGCAGCGGGACAAACAGCUUAGCAGCUGGCACAAGAAGCUGGGGCUCCAUCCGCCAGGGCUGGCGAACCCGGAAGAAGGCAGUCAGCUUUUCGAGACCAGGAUGGCGAGAGAUCGGCUUCUUUGGCAGGACUCGCAAGGUCCUGGCAGUCGGAAUCCUGACCUCGAGACUUUGGCUGGUCGUCGUGAAGCUGAGCGACAAGUUAGUGAGCCACUCCUCGAAGAAGGCUUCCGUCCUUGUCCUGGUAGUGUCAAGCAACAAGCGACCACUGGCAGCCAUGGUACGGCGGCGGCGGCGGCGGCGAUGAGCCCGUAUAGGACGAUUGUCGGCAUUGUGGCGCUUGCCAUCCUUCUGCAAGGUGUGCCUCUAGCGCUGCUCUCUCGACUUGCGGGCCCGGCACCGACAUCUUGUGAGGCCAUCGUGGUCCUCGGAUAUGCCAUUGACUGGAGCACUGGGCGUGUCCCCGAGGGUGGCUUGCUCUCGCAGCGCUUGGCGCUGGCGCUCACCGCCCUUGAUGAAGCUCGCAUGCCGCAUGCCGUUAGACCGUUAGACUGGAUCGAGAGCAAACGAGUUCGCAUGGACACCUGCUUAUGUACAUGA